UUGUCCAAAAACUAAAAGAUGACAAAAGGCACAAGUAACAGAGACCAAACAGAGUGGAGAAAGUAAAACCGAAAGAAAAGAAAAAGGAGGCAACUUUUUAGUUAUAGACCGUUUCAAAAUAACAGCAUUUUCUAAUUUUCCUUCACAUGUUCCACCACCAUAACCAAAGCCCCUCCUUUUGCGCUAUUCAUCCACGAAACUGAAAACCUCUCUCCCUUUUUAUUCUUCUUCAUCUCUUCACGUCACUUUCCUUACCUACCUUCCUCUCUCUUUAUUUUGCUCAAUCUUUGAUUCUGAAACACGUGAUGGAGAACAGUGUGAACAUGUUUAGGCAGAGCGAGUCCCCAAGAUCACCGCCCACUAGGCUGCAGAGGCAAGCACCCAUGGCUCUGAAUCUUGACAAUGUUCCAGCGAAUCCCGUUUUGCAUCAGUCUUGUGAUGCGGUUGCAACCUCAGCUAUCCCUCUGCUUUCACCUCUCUAUGUAUCUCCAAACCAGCACUCUUCUUCUCUCCCUAGACAAGGGGAUGAUUUUACUGAAAAGAAUGGUUCUCAACCGUCAAUAGACCACAAGGAAGGCUGGAAACAUUCAACCGAGGCUGACCAUAGCAACCAAAUGGCUCUUGUAAAUAUGUUUCAAACCAAGUUCGCGCUUGUAAAUCAUUCACAAUGAUCUUAGCAUGUAGGAUGGCCUUGAUGUUUCAGAUGCUGUAAUAAAAAUAAUAGCUUAGAUAUACUAUAAGCAAGAUCCAGCUUCUGGCAAUGGUAAUUUUCCAAUGUGCAAA